AUGGCGGCGAAGCACCUCAGCGCGGGGCUGAGGUUGGAGGUGGCAAAUGAGGAAAAUGAGAUCCCUGCCAGUGUUUUUGCAAAAGAGCCUAUUCCCAGCAUUACAGAAGGAAAAGAGGAGCCUGCGGAUGAGAACAAAACGCUGGAAGAAACCUUGCACACAGUGGAGCUGGGUUCAGAUGAUGACAUGUUUCACGAGGAAGAUGAUGCGGAUGACAGCGCGGAGGAGAAAACAGAAGAAUCAAGAGCCGAGAAGCUGAAAAGAUCCAGCCUCAAGAAGGUAGACAGCCUCAAGAAAGCAUUUUCCCGCCAGAACAUCGAGAAGAAGAUGAACAAGAUCAGCACAAAGAUUGUCUCGCCUGAACGGAGAGAAAAGAUCAAAAAAUCGCUUACUGUGCAUCACCAGAAAUCCUCCUCUUCAAAGGGUUCAGCUUUCAAAGUAUCUCCCCUCACCUUCCACGUGAAGAAAGUCCGUGAAGGAGAAAGCCCUGCUGAAGCCGAGGACAAACCAACAGACGCUACAAGCAACGAGCAAGCCGCGCACGAGGAUGAAAUGUCAUUCGCCGACACGCACUCGGAUGUGACACCUACUGCCUCGGUGACCGAGGAGGGCAAAGCAGCGGCCGAUUCUCUAGAGAGGGAAGCCAGAAUGGAAGGGAAGGCCAUGAUGAACAACAACAUCGAGCUGUCCAUCGUUGAAGACGAUGAAGAGUAUGGGAUGCCUCUAGAAGCUCCUAGCCAGAAACUGUAUGAUGAAAGAAACAAGCCGGUCGGUGGGGAAGCAGAAGAGUCGGAUGAAGAAACAACCCAAGCAGCUGUCCUGCAGAUAGACCAAACAGCGUAA